CCGCCGCGGAUAUGGAGCGGGGUCGCCCAUUGUCGGCAAGUUCCUCGUCGCCCGGCCCGUCCAGAAUGGAAACAGACUGGAAUCCCAUGGAGAUAAGCAGUAUGUCAGGAUUUGAAGAAAAUGCAGACGUGAACGGUUUUGAAGGAACUGAUAUGAAAGACAUGAGGCUAGAAGCUGAAGCAGUUGUAAAUGAUGUUCUCUUUGCUGUUAACAACAUGUUUGUCUCAAAAACCCUGCGCUGUGCAGAUGAUGUGGCCUAUAUCAAUGUGGAAACGAGAGAAAGGAACAGAUACUGCCUGGAGCUCACUGAGGCAGGGCUUAAGGUGGUAGGCUAUGCUUUUGACCAGGUGGACCCUCAUUUACAGACCCCCUACCAUGAAACAGUCUACUCCCUGCUGGACACGCUCAGCCCCGCCUACCGGGAUGCCUUUGGGAACGCGCUCCUGCAGAGACUGGAGGCUCUGAGGAGGGACGGCCAGUCAUGACUGAGCCUUUUCCUUAGGGGGUGGCUGCUGGUUCAAAUCGCUGCCGUAAAGCUUGAAAUUCUUGCAUAUGGUCAUAGAAAAUGCAUCUUUAGUUUUAUGUCGUUAUCGUUUCUUGCUUCAAAUUUGGCUUUUGAUUCAGAACAUUACUGACUGAUGAAUCGUCUUUCUUCCUGAUUCGUUAAGGGAAUCCUGCUCCUUUGCUAUGAUUCCAUCAUUGAGACAUUCAGAUUUCUUCAUAGAGCAUCUCUGCGUUUCUGAACCGAAUCAGUAUUUCAUUGUUAUUCCAGGGCUUUGAUGCUGCCAGCACUCUCUGUAACAUAGGAAAUUCUGGAUUUGCACAGUAACAUAGGAUUUAAAAGGACCUAAAUGCAAACUUUGAUUCAGCUUGCUAAAUCAGGGGUUUACUACUAGCUUGGACUAACUUUGUAAUAAAUAUUUUGGUACUAGCCUUACUGGAAACAAGUUAUCAGCCAGUUUCCCCUGCACAAAUUUUGAAAUUCAUUAGUUCACGUAAUCUAUUUAUAUUACUGAUAUGGACUGAUAAAGGUGAAUUAAUUAUAUAUUACUUAGCUAGUAUUAAAUGAACAACAGGAACUGAAAUAGUUCAGUACUCCUUGUUUGCAACAGCCAGCCACUAAAGACAAACCGUUAGCAAAUGAAUGUAAUGAUUACUUUUUCCAAGGUAUUUAAGCACAUAAGCAAACAAAGGAACAGGCUGCAUUCUUUUUCCCAGCAAAAAGCAUCUUCAGUGUGGGAUCUAAAAGACAGAAGAUUCUGAUUUCCUGAACAACAAUAUUUUGGCCUGUGUUGACUGUUCUUAUGAAUGUUUGUUUACAUGAUGUAAGCGUAUAUUCAGAAAGUAUUUUGGCUUCAGCGUUUACUUUCUAUAACGCAGUGCUUUGCCAUUCCCACCGCACCCUCCUUCCCCCGCAGACGUAGUGUUUCGUCUCAGCGCUAAAUCCACAAUGUAACACGAGUGCAUUGUAUGGGUUUGAAAACCAAAGGUUGAGGAAGCACUCCAAGACUUAAUAUUUGAAAAAGGGAGAGAUCUGUAUUUUAUAUUUUAUUACAGGUACUAAUAUUUAUAAACUUAGUGAACUAUACCAUGCUGCUGUGUGUUUUCAAGAACAUGUUGAAUAGUAAGGACUGGGGAAGUUGUUUUUUUAAUAAUAGUCAAAAGCAGCAGAGGUUAGAAAUGUACUAAAAUUCUGCAUUGGGACACUCCAGACAUCUGUCAUUUGCAGGCCUUUCUUUUGUGAAUCAUUAUUAAGUAGUAGGUACUAUUAGGCUCUGAAGGUUACGUAGACCAGAGCAAUUAGGGUUUAGUCCGGCCACUGUUGCUUGUCCAGCCUCAUCGGGAUGCUUCCAUUGUAGUCGAUAAUGCGUAUUCAUUCUCAGCUUCACUUUCGGAUGCUUGACUCUUUGGGCCAUGAAGUCUAGCUUCAGGUUGAACUUUCUCAUGCUAAUCUCAGGCAAACUGUAAAGGGUAUUUUUAAACGUUGAAUAAAAUUCCAUUUAUUCAUUUUGAA